AUGUUCUGCUUCAGCUGCGUCUGGAAGAAGACGGCGCUCACCGAGUACUCUAACGAGGGUAAGGCGCGGCAACGUCGUGGGCUGACCGAUUUUUCAGCCUCCCGUGAAAGCGUCGACGCCGCGCUGGCCGAAGCCCCACGCCCUGGACCAGAGCGUCUCGAAGACGAGACGGUGAAAGGAUACCUUGUCACAGCGCCGCAUUCCACGAGUGCGGUGCCGAGCCAGUGCCGGAGGGACGAGUAUACGAGCGGCGCCAAAAGUCUCUCUGUCUCGGGAAGCGAGCCCUGCUCGAUAGACGGCGCAGAAGAAAAACGUCAGCUCUCUGAGUUAGACGACACGACGGGAGAUCCAGUGCCUCGGAACGGCAACAAGGACAGUGCAAGGCCCAACGCGUGCCGAGUCGGAUUCUGGCGAGGCUCGGAUCACGCAUCUGGAUGCGAUCCUGGUGAGACGACUGUCCCUGCGCAGGACGCCGACGUCAAGCCGACGAUCGAGGAGCUUGCCGCCGUCGAUCGCGAGGCGGGGCAUAGUAGCCCGCACCAGGGUCGCGGGAAGAGCAAGGACAACGGGAGCGGGGCGAGCGGCAAAGCCGAAAAGGAUAGCGAGCCUGAGGCGGCUGAGAUAAAAGGCGACGAGACGAGCGACCGCCAAGACCCCAAGCCGGCCCCUCAUGCCCCCAUUUGGGCUAAAGUCGUAGUGCCCGACAGCGGUCCCAAACCUGCCAAGAACGCUGCUGAGAGACUGGAGCCGAAGAGUUCUGUCCCUGUGACUGAAACGCUGUCUAUCGCCAUAUCAAAGUCGGACGUGAAUCUGUCCGUCGAUGGAGGGAACGUGAUGGAUGGCCUCUACGUUUCCGGAGGCACCUCGCACGCGAGUAGUGCCACCCCGUCAGUUGAGGUUAUCGAUCCACUUCCGCGCAAGAAUUGCGUGUCCGUUGUCGACCUCACGGGUGAUGAGGAGGAUGAGAUCUCGAGUGUAGAGGGCAGCAGCGACGACAGUGAUGGCAACAAUCAGAGCGAUGGCAGCCUCACGAGCAGCAACGACCUCGCCGAUGCAAAGACACCGCUUCGGCUUGAUGCUCCGCUGGCGGUGGUCAAGACCGAGCUCAGUGCGUGAGAGAUGAAGACGAAUUAGAGCCGUCAGCAGUGUCGUUAUAGACUAGUAUAUGUGUA